CGAGACUUUACAUUAUCUGCUAAAGUACAAGACCUUCCAAGUAGAUGAUAGACAACCUAAACAAAUAGGGUCUUGCAUAAGUAGGAUUAAACUGUAUUCCAUUCUCUAAUCAUCAAGUUAAUCCGCUAUUUGAAUUACAAUACUGGGGGGUUAUCUUGGCAUUUCUUCUUGAUCACAUUGACUACCGUGGAAAUUCAUAGGACUGUUUGCUCAGGGCCAUUAUAGUACCCACCAAUGCACAUUUAUUCAGCGGUAAUGCCGCUACAGGGUAGACUUUGGCGGGGUUUGACGGCGUGAGCGAUGCAAGACUGACUCAAUAGAAUCGAAAAGACCCAACACAGGCGACCUUCAAGAAAGUUAACUCACCUCCCCUUUUAUGGAUCAAUAGCAUAGAAAGAAGCGUUUCUCAGUAACGCUUCUUCCAUACCAUACAUCCACAAUGGCCUCCACAGAUACCUCAAUACAAGAUGGUAGCUCUGAUGCGCAGUCCCACGAGGCUGAUACCCCUCAGACUAGUGAAUUGGACGAGAAGAUGGCAGACCUCGAUAUUGAGGUCACAGAUGGUACGAAAGAAUUGGCAUUUGAUAUGCAGAGAAGAUGUCAAACGCUGCUCGAAGAAUUAAAGCAGUUUCAAACACAUCUCCGAGAAUUGAAGAAGGAAACAAAAGUUGAGAUCAAAAUCUUCAAGAACAACAUACACGCAGAGUUGAGGUGCUUGAACAAGCUUGCAGAAGCAGAUCCCGACGUACCGAAAACCAAACACGGCCUGCGAUCCUCGAACCUGUUAUUCUACUCAUCCGUCUGGUCCACAGCCAAAACAUGUACAAGCGUGAUAGCACUGGGCAAAAAGUUUUAUUGGCCCGCCAGCAAAGACGAUAAGCCACGUACUGUGGCAGAGACUUCCACACGGAAAAAGAAACAUGCUCUUGUUGAUGUCGUUUGCCAAGAUGGUCUCCAAUGGAUCAAAGUAUCUUCAGUCACUGAGAAACGAAUCAUAUGGGACUUGGCCAAAGCCGGCUGGGUCGACUCCGACGAGGAGAGCGAUGAUGGCCUCGAUCCUAUAGAUGACGAUGAUGAGCCGGAAGGUCUGCUGAAACAGGUGGAAGCUCUCAUCAAAGCCUCGAAAGCAAAUGUCGUCAGAAAUCGACAUCCAAAAAUUGUGCUGAUCUUGCCUCGAAUCAAAGCAGCUCCGGAUGCGAAAGAAGUGGGCCAAAUCCUGAGUAAAAUCAGAGAUCUGGGCGUCGUCGUUCAGACAUCAGAGAUGAUUACUGAGCCACCUCCACUUUCUGAGGCUAUCCGAAAUAUGGCCGCCGAGAGAUUCGGAAGUUUCUCCGACGUCCUGAAUGUGGAUUGUACCAUUCUGCUCGCCUUUGCAAGCGAUUUAUCUCACGGGAGAGUUGAGUCAGAAGACUGGCACAAUAAAGCUAUCUCACGCCAGAUCGAAAUGGAAGCGGAAGACCAGCUCUUACCGAGCAGUCUAUGGCCAGCUUGUGGCUCUAAAGCGAUGGUCUGCACACGUCACGCUGCGGUCAGAAUGCAGGAGAUUGUUGAGACGAUCGGUACAGAGAAUGAGAAGAAACGGGCAGAUCUCCUACUGAAUCUCGACUCGCCUCGCAGCAGAGAAGAACUUCUCGCGGAGUUUCAGGCCCUGACAGACUAUACAGUCCCUCAGGAAUGGGCACUGCCAAUCCAAGUCGUGGACGUAGACAUUCCUGAAAUCAUGACAAAUCUGCCUCCUGUGGCUGAGAAAGUCGCCAAGAUUCUUACUCCGAUCAACGCAUCUGUCUUCUUGUAUGCCUGGGCGAAUGAUUUGACUACACUAAGUAGUAACGCAAGUGUGGCUAAAGGAAUGGAGUUCGUGAUCGAAGCGAACCGUACAGAUGACAAGACACUAGGCCCUGAUGUGUGGCUCUCGCCUUCGUCGAGGUCAUUGGUGGGGAAAGAGAAACAGCGGAGAGGGUAUUCGGAGAAAGAGGGCAGCGAGUUUAUGUCUAGUAAUGGAGAUGCUAUCUGA